AUGGCUGAGAACCAUCGCAUCGAGUACAACUGGAUUAAGGGUGUAGAGACACUCGAAAAAUAUCAGCCUGGGGGUUAUCAUCCCAUCAAGAUUGGGGACGUGCUAAAUGACAGAUACCACAUUGCAGAUAAACUUGGCUUUGGGGGCUAUUCGACGGUUUGGCUUGCCCUGGAUACCCAUCUGAAGCGAUAUGUUGCAGUCAAGGUCAAUAUAGCAGACUCGCUUCCGCGCGAGACAAAAGUCCUUAAGUCUCUGUCUUCUCCCCCGUCGUCCUCACCCGCACACCCCGGGCAUGGUUUAGUCCCUGUUUUCCUAGAUGAAUUCGAAGUGCAAGGUCCUAAUGGAAGACAUACAUGCUACACGGUGACCCCUGCACAAUGCAAUCUCAGGGAGAUCUCCUUUAGCCGCCUUUUCUCCCUCAGAGUUGCUCGAGCACUGUCAUACGGACUUACACAGGCCGUUGCUUAUACACAUUCUCAAGGCUACGUUCACGGAGAUAUACACCUUGGCAAUGUUUUGGUCAAGCUCCCAUCAAGUUUCGAUGAUCUUUCCAUCAAGCAGCUUUAUGACAAGUACGGUGAACCGGAGACAGUCCCCGUCACACGAUGUGACGGGGAGCCAUUACCCCCUAAUGUGCCUGCCAAGGCAGUUGUGCCGCUGUUCUUAGGAAAAUAUGCAGAAGAGUUCUCACUAUCCGACGCGCACCCGCUUCUUAGUGACUUUGGUGAGGCGUUUUCACCCUCUUCAGAAGAUCGUCUUGGGCAAGACUGCCACACGCCACCCGCUUUUCGAGCUCCAGAAGCCAAAUUCGAACCGCAAACCCGCCUCGCAUAUCCCUCAGAUAUCUGGAGUCUGGCUACGGCAAUCUGGGAGGUCAUCGGAAUGAAAGCUAUUUUUAGCACCGAUUUCGUGCAUGAGGAUGAGAUAGUCUCUCAACAUGUCGAUGUACUUGGACCUAUGCCUUCGGAGUGGUGGCGGCGUUGGGAAGGACGACCGCGAUUUUUUGAUGAGGAUGGGCAUCCAACAGAAUCCCACAGGGAAAAUAGAUGGCCUCCGCUUCAGGAGUCAUUUGAGGUCGGUGUGCAGAAGUGGAGACGGAAAUUAGGGGACGAGAUGGAGGAAAGCGAGAAAGCUGCGUUUCUGCAUUUGAUGCAGCGAAUGCUGUCGUUCCGGCCAAAAGAGCGACCGACAGCUGAAGAGGUGCUAAAGUCGGAGUGGAUGGUCAAAUGGGCAUUGCCUGAUUACGAGCGGAGCCAAAUCUAG